AUGGGUUCUAUUGGCACCGCUCCCCCCUUCCGGGUCCUGGAAGACCCUCGUCCCCACGACAAGUCCCUCCCUGCCUUCAUGGUGUCUACCACGCGAGGUUUCCUCCCUCGCCUGGACCCUGUUGUCACGCUGCCCAAGGAGUUUGAGCCCCUCGAGUCGCUGCUGCAGCGCAUGCCCGUCAAGACGCUCUCCGGGGAGCCGGGUCUUCUCGCGUCCGGCAAGCUGGGCCCCGUUGUGGACAAUGAGUUCCCCGACCUGACCGACGAGAUGGACAAGUACAAGGACGACUUGCCCAUGAUGAAUGCCCUGUACCGCGACUACUCCUUCCUGGCCUCUGCGUAUCUGCUCGAGCCCUGCCACGAGCGCUUCGUCAGGGGCGAGGAGUACGGCCUCGGCAGACAGACUCUGCCCAAGAACAUUGCACGGCCCAUUGCCCGCUGUGCCGAAAUCGCCGGCUUCAUGCCCUUUAUGGAAUACGCCGGCUCCUACGCCCUGUACAACUACCGCCUGGAAGACCCCGAGCAGGGCCUCGAGUACUCCAACCUCCGCCUCAUCCGCGCCUUCGAGCACGGCCUGGACCCUACCUCGUCCGAGGCCGGCUUCGUCCUCGUCCACGUCGACAUGGUCAAGAACUCGGGCCCCCUGGUCGCCGGCACCGUCAAGUGCCUCGACGUCGGGUCCAGCAUCACGACGCCCCUGGGCACCGCCCCCCAGCGCGCCGCCUUCAACUCGGGCCUGGCCGAGAUCCUCGGGGCCCUGCAAAAGAUCAACUCGGUCAUGGAGACCAUGUGGGGGAAGUCCCGCCCGACCGAGUACACCAGCUUCCGCACCUUCAUCUUCGGCAUCACGUCGCAGUCCAUGUUCCCCCACGGCGUCGUCUACGAGGGCCUCAACGACGGCAAGCCCAUGUCGUUCCGCGGCGAGAGCGGCGCCAACGACUCCAUGGUGCCCCUGAUGGACAACCUGCUGCAGGUGCCCAUGCCCAACACGCCGCUGACCGACAUCCUGAAGGACUUCCGCAAGUACAGGCCCAGCAACCACAAGGACUUUCUGCUGCACGUCAAGGAGGUCUCGGAGAGCCACGACCUGCGCGGCUUCGCGCUCGCCCUCAAGGCCAAGCCCACUACGGACGAGGAGAAGGACCUGGUGAGGGAGUCGCGCAGCUUGUGGCUGCAGAUUCUCGACCAGGUGCGCGAUUUCCGCUGGCGCCACUGGUGCUUCGCUAGGGAGUACAUCCUGAAGAGGACGUCGCAUCCUACGGCUACUGGGGGGAGCCCGAUUGUGACGUGGCUGCCGAACCAGCUGGAGGCUGUGCUGGCGGAGAUGGCGAACAUUAAUGAGAUUGCGGGCAAGGAUGAUGCGAGGGGACUGGGCAAGACGUGCGAGGACGUCAUGGACGCGGCGCUGCGGCAGAAGGAGACGCUGCGCAAGGAGGUGGACAAGUACUGCGCUGAGCGUGGCGUGUCGCGGAGCUGA